UCCUGAAGACAACAGACAUGGCUGAAGGGAGCUGUGUAAAAGCAGAGGAAGAGGAAGCGGCGAGCGCGAGCUCCGACUCAGACCCGGACUCGUCUCACGGCACCGGGGUCUGCAAAUGGUUUAAUGUGCGGAUGGGUUUCGGCUUUCUUUCAAUGAGCCAUCGAGAGGGCGUCUGUCUGGACUCACCCGUGGAUGUGUUCGUCCAUCAGAGCAAGCUGCAUAUGGAGGGCUUCCGCAGUCUGAAGGAAGGAGAGGAGGUGGAGUUCACCUUCAAAAGGUCUUCUAAGGGUCUGGAGUCUUUGUGGGUGACGGGGCCCGACGGUGCACCAUGUGUGGGCAGCGAGAAGAAACCCAAAGGUGCCCAAAAGCGCCGUUCAAAAGGAGACAGAUGUUUCAACUGUGGAGGACCGAACCAUCACGCCAAAGAAUGUCAGCUGCCACCUCAGCCCAAAAAGUGCCAUUUCUGCCAAAGCAUCUCUCACAUGGUGGCCAACUGUCCAAUCAAAGCACAGCAGUUGUCACCAGUUUCUCAGGGAAAAUCGACUACCUCGACGAUAGGGGAGGAGGAGGAGGACAUGAGCCACACCCCCUUUCCUCCGGAGAGCUGUGAUUAGAUGACGGGCUGGGACGGGAAGCUGUCAGGGAAACAUCAGCAACUUCCUUUGGAGGGCUGCUGUAGAAAAUAACUCAGGUCUUUGUUUGAAUGUCGCCUCAUGUAGUACAAUUCAAAUGUGUUGAGAGAAAAUGUUUUUAAAAUUCUAUCUUAUUCUAUCAGCCUAUUAUUAUUAUUAUCAUCAUCCUUUUUUCUGUGGCCGUAAUCCAUGAUUAAACCGUUUUCUCAGUCACAGUUUGAACUUCCCAAUAAUAAUACUAAUGUAUUAUUGUAUGCAGGGAGGUUGUGGCAAUGCAAUGAUUCUUUAAGCAAAUCAUUAUUUUUCUUUAACUUGGAGAUCUUCAUGUUUUUGUCGGGUAUUGUGAGAUUUUUUUUAUUUUCUGCCUUACCUAGAGAAGUGUCUUAGAUGUGUACUGAAACAAUCAAACACAUGUUAACAAAUUGCAAUAAUCCUGGCUUUAAUGUUUAAAAUGUCAUUUAAUUUUUUACUUCCGGACGACAGAAUCCAUAUUGUCUUCGACCAGUAUAGCUAGAAAUCAAACAAAUUUUUCUGUUUGUGUUUUCGAAAGGUUUUGUUUUUGGGCCAAGUGAAUGUUAAAUGAUUGUGAUUGUAUCACACCUCUGCCUUUAGCAUCAUCAGUCAGUCAGAGUCUGUGAGUUUAAACUCUGAACUGAACUGUCACAUGCUAUUUGAUUGUCAUUGAAAAUCUUGAAAACCUCCCGAAGGAAUCUAUCAAACAACAGCACAUUUUUAUUAUGAUAAUCUUUUUCUUUCUGUCAAACCAGAGUCUUCUUUUAUUUUCUUAUAUAAACGUUUUAUGGGACUUAAAUGAUGUGGCAAGUUUCUCAAAGCUUUCUCCAGUUCCAGAGGAGAUGUCACGUGACUUCACUUUAUUGUAAAUAACUACUAUAAUCAUUGUAAACCACUGUUAUUUAUUCACCUAAACCACACUCAUUUUCAUUUUUUAUGAAUGGACCAUUUAACAGGGAGAAAAAGAGCAGAUUUUCAGCAACCAGUAAUAAUGAUAAUCUCCAUUAAUUUAUUAAGAGACAUUUUGACCUCAGAGUAUUUAAAUAGGAUUUAUGGACAAAAACUGCUGCCAUAGGUUAAGUUCUCGAAUGUCCCCAAGCAUCUAGUGUUUGUCAAAAAGAAAAGCAGUUUAGACUGUUUUAUGUUCACUGAAAGUUCACAAACUCUAUAAAGAAAUUAGAACUCGAACCUUGCUCAUGGAGGCAUUUUGGAUCAACUUUGGCAGCAUAAAUCAAAAAAGAAACGAUGGCAAGUUAGUGUGUAGUGAUUUCAGAUCGUGUUGUCUCGGUGAACAGUAUGACAGUGUUUUUAUUAGAUUCUUGCAUGAUUGUUGGUUGUAGUGUCAUGAUGGGUGAAGGGGUCUUUCUCAUUGAAGCUGUACUGGGAUGUCCAGCCUCUCUUGAAUUAUAUUUGAUAUUAUUAUAUUUUUCGUUAUCAUGUACGUCUAUUUUUUUAUAUUCCUUUUAUUUAAAGCGAGAACAAGAUGACUUGUUUUGAAUCUAUACAGAUCUACCUCAGGGUGUGUUGAAAUAUGGGCAUCAGUGAAUUAUCCUGCCGUGACGUCUCUGAAUAUACAGAGCGUUGUCCAUUGUCGUGUAUCUGCUGUGUGUGUGUGUGUGUGUGUGUGUUAUUUCCCUUUUUUUACUUUUGAUGUAUUUAACUUGGAAAGAGGUGCGAUUGUUUGAAAUGUAUAACUGCACUAACAGAGUUUUGGUCAAAAGUGUUUGAUGUUUUGCUGUACGUUUAGACCAACGCGCACGAGUAUUUUUUUCUUGCAGAGAAAUGCAACCACAACUUUUUUCUGUAAUCUAGGUUACACCUCAGGAAUCUGUUUUUCUUUUGUAUUUGCAUUUAAUGAAAAGGAUAAUCAAUGUUGAUGACUUUAUUAUCAUUAUGCUAUUAUUCAUGUUUUUAUGGCUCGUCUGUAUUUUUUGGUCUGAUCUCACUCGCAGAUGCUAAGGGUAACAAACUGCACAAUCCUGAAGCAGGUUAUACACCGCAUGUGUUCUGGUGACCAAAGAAUGUAGUUGCGUAACGCGUCUCCUGCAGUUGU